UCGUCGUCGUCGUCGUCGUCGCCGCUGCUGCCGCUGCUGCUGCUGCUGCUGCUGCUGAGGCUGCUGCUGAGGCUGCUGGCGGAGGCCGGAGGAACGGGCGGCGGCGGCGGCGGCGGCUGAGAGGGCGGCGGCGGGAGCGGAGCGGGACUAGGGAGCGAGAGGAAGCGAGCGAGGAGCGAGCGGAGCGCGCCGAGCCCCGCCCGCCCUUCCGCCCGCCGGAGCAGCCGGAGCAGCCCGGGCCCCCCAGCCGCCGCCGCCGCCGCCCGCCCGCCUGCCCACCCGCCGGACAAAGCCCGAGAGCCCGCGCCCAGAGCCAUGUCCUCGUCCGCCGGCAGCGGCCACCAGCCCAGCCAGAGCCGCGCCAUCCCCACCCGCACCGUGCCCAUCAGCGACGCCGCGCAGCUACCUCAUGACUAUUGCACCACGCCCGGGGGGACGCUCUUCUCCACCACGCCGGGAGGAACUCGAAUCAUUUAUGAUCGAAAGUUUCUGUUGGAUCGUCGCAACUCUCCCAUGGCUCAGACCCCUCCCUGCCAUCUGCCCAAUAUCCCAGGAGUCACCAGCCCCGGCACCUUAAUUGAAGACUCCAAAAUAGAAGUAAACAAUUUGAACAACUUGAACAAUCAUGACAGGAAGCAUGCAAUUGGAGAUGAUGCUCAGUUUGAGAUGGACAUCUGACUGUCCUGCGAGGAUCAGAAGAAAAGCAGCAACACUGAUACAUGGCAGCAUGAGUGUCCUCACAGCAUGGCAGCUGGCUCCCCCUGAGCAAGUGAUCCCAGAGAAAGAGGGCAAGGAGGAAUCUGCAGUGCCUUUUAUGACAGUCUCCGAAAGCACACGUCAUCACGCCUUCCUAUUCCGUUCCUUAGAAGCAAGCCACUAAGCCAGCCUACACUCAAGGGGAGGGGAGGUACACCCCACCUACUGCAUGGAGCAGUAUCAAAGAAUUUUGGGUAUACUUUAAAACCACCUCACCCCCAAUAGAGGAUGAAACCAGGUCAACAAGAGGGGGUAGGUUUAAAGUAGAUGAUAUACUGAGAGAGGUGUUGUUACUGAAAACAGUUCUCUUAAGAUGUGCAUCGACAAACAGAUGAAAAACGGGUUCUCUCCCCAUGGCUACUGCCAGUUUUAAGAGGGGAGGCAAGAAAUGGCAAUUCCCAGGAGAAUGUAUCUGUACAUUUGCCUGGUGUAUACUACCAGCAGCCCAAGGUUGCUUCUUUGUAAGUCCUUGGCUUGGUAUCUAAGACUCAAUACUGCUUGCUCGCUAUCUCCUUUAGCCAGGAAUUGACAAAGGGAAUUGGUUUCUCCUAGUUGAGCCACUCAGAUGGACUUAAUUGGGUUCAGGGUUGUUAAGCAAAGGGAGCAAACUUGAAUUACAUUUUGGGUUACUGGGCUGAGGAAAGCUAACCAUUCCGAUUCAGGGUGACAUAGCUGAGAGCAUCCAGAAGCCAGGUCCCCACCAGAGUCGAUGCUUGGCACCUGCUCUCACAAACUACACCAGCUGAAGCAGGCUUGGGCCAGGUCUCUCACUCAAGAAGCCACUUCUCAAUAAGUAGGGAACAUCUGGGAAUUAGAAAUGUCUGUCUGUGCUUUAUUGUUCUUUAAAUCCACUGCAGGUUAACUCUGCGUGCCCACCUCAUCCUGGGCUUCCUGAUGGAAACGGGUUCUCAAAGAGAACCAAUGCUGUUUUCACCCUGAAGAAAAACUUAGAUGAAGCUUGUCAGUUCAACACGUGUUUAGUGAAUAUCUGCUAUGUGUUUCUGGCACCCGUGCCAAGUUUUUAGAGAUUUCAGACAUCUUAAGGAUGCAAAUUCUUGUUUGGAUUUAUGCUCCAACUCUUCCCAGCAUUUUCUUAUCUGUAGCCCUGCUUGCUUUAGAGUAUGCUUGAAUAAAAAAGCAUUGCUGCUGAGGCAGCUAUAAAAAAAAAAAAAGGUACUUCUUCCAGAAUUAAGGAACUCAUCUUUAAAGCACCUUCAAAUGAAUUUUUUUCUGUCUGAUUUUGAGGUGGAGUCAAAAUAGGUGGUCUUUUAUUUUUGCUGUUUGGGUUACCAGCUCUUUGGGUCUGUCAGACCUUAGGGGUAUCACAUAUCUUGGCUGUUUGAAGCCUGAGCCCUCAGCCCUUUACAUUCCCCUCCAGACGGCAGGCCCGGUGCUUUUCUCUCUGGGUCAAAACUUCCCCUUAUCAUGUUUCUGGACUACAUGAUAAGGGGAGCUAUUUAUUAAUCUGCGAAACCCAAUCUCUUACCUGCCCGUGACAUCUAGGAAGGGGUAGUAUUUGUUUUAAAUAAGUGUUGUUUCCUUGGGAGGGCAAUUUCUGUCUGGACUUUGAAGGGGGCAUAGUUACCACACAUUACUAUCCCCACCACCACCACAUUCUUUACCUCUCUCCCAGCUUUUAAUAAAAGAUGACAUCAGAUCUUGAGGUAGUUGGGUCACAAUUCUUUAGAAUGCUUAUACCCCAGGGGCAUUUCCUGUUCUAGUCAUGUUUUUUCCAGUUGAGUAUUGGCGUUUCCCUGAGGCUUGCUCACAGACAUUUCUGAUUGAAGACUAAGGAUGGUUGAUACAAUCAUUGAUGUCACCUUUCCCACCCUCUGGAAUUUACAUUUCUUUCUCUGGGCUGGUCCUGGAAGUUGACACUUUUUGGCAAAGCUUAGAUUUAGGAGAAGUCUUUCAAGUCCCUGUUCAGAUGAUCUGUGGUUUCUCUUUGCUUCCUCUGCCUCUGCAGCCCUGGCAGAUCCUACCGUCUGGAUCCCGAAUGGAAAAUAGUACUGAGAUGAAACACAUUCCUGGGGUAUUUAAACUCUUACUCUGCCACCUUUCUAAGAGUGGGAGGCUGGCAGAGAGAUGCUGCAGUGCUUGAUAAUCAUUUGGCCACAUUGAAAUUUCCAAAGGGAGCUCUUGCUGGUGCUUAAACCCAAAAUUCCUGAACACCUGAGAAUGCAUGAAUAUAGCACAGAAUAUCCAUUCUUGCCCCAAUAUACCCCCUUCCCCUCCAUCUUAAUCUUUAAAACAAAACAAAACAAAAAACCCAAGCCCAGGCCAAGGGUCAUUUUUACUUGAAACCAGGAGAGUGGGGGAGUAACACGAGAGACGAGGGGCAAGCUGUGUGGUGAGGCAUCCUGCUCCUGGUGUCUGUUCCAAUCACUGAGGACUGUGAGCCAGUGCCUUUCCUUCGCCUGGAGAUGGAGCACAUCUCUCCACCUGGGUGAGGAGACCCUCUGCUACCCAGGGGUGAACCUUAAAGAGGGUGUCUUGGAGAGCCCAGAAGACACUCACAUUUUUCGGGUGUCCAUUUUAAGCAUCUUUAAAAUGUUUUAUAUAUUUAAAAAAAAUAAUGUUCUUCCCUGUCUUUGUGCCACCAGUGGCCCAGUUCCAUCCAUUCUGAAUGGAAAAACAGAGACUGCCAGUACUUUCCUUGAUCUUCCCUUCGUCUCUCUUAAUGUGGGUAUCCCCUUACCCGGCCUGUCCAUUUCACUGUCGUGGAUGGAGAACAGAGGGCACCACGCAGUCCUGAGGCAGUCCUGUGUGACUCCGUGAUCAGGUUUUUGUUUCUUGUUUUUCUAACUGUCCUUCCAAACCAGCAAGUGUUUGGAAGUUAGGGGAAAAGUUAAAUUCUCACCAACGGUUGCUGUUAACACUUGAAUCAAUAAAGAUCUUGAGUAUCAA